AUGGCGCGGGGCGCGGAGGCGGCGCGGCCGCUCAGCCCCCAGGGCCCGUCCGGCCCGCGCCCAUGCAGUCGGGGGAGCCCCGGCCGGCCGAGGGCGAGGGAAGGUCCGUGCGCUCCUGCCGCCGCCGGCCAGUGGCGAACUUGCGCGGCAACUUGGGAGGAAAGUGCCGGCCGGGGCCAGGGAGGGAGCCGGGAGCUGGCGGCGCGGCGCACGGAGGAGGGCGGGCCGGGCAGGGGGCGGGGCCGGCGCGCUCCAGGGCUCGGGCCGCUCCGCGGGCAGGGGGCGGGGCGCGCGCGGGGCUCCCGGGAGCUGCCCGGAGGGUGGGAGGGACCGGAGCGGGUGCGCGCUCCGGGACCCGUGCGACCGCUGAGGGACGGAGGGGCCAGAGGCGCUCGGGGCGGGGGCGCCCUGGACUGGUCCCAAGGGGGCGAGGGCCGGCGCGCACACGGUGCCGGUGUCGCCGGCCAGGGAUGCGAGUGCGCGCUCGGGGCUCCCCCAGGUUACCCAGAGGGUGGAAGGGGGGCGAGGGCCGGCGCGCGCACGGAACCUGUGCCGCCUGCCGUUGCGGGAGCGCGCCCCGACUCGCCCCCCUCCAAAGUUGCCCGGAGGGUGGGAGGGGGCGGAGCGCGCACUCCGGACCUCGCGCUGCUCCGUGGGGCCGAGGGGCGGCCGGGGACCGCGAGGCGAACUCCGGUCCUUCCUCCCGCGCGAGCGCAGGGCGGCCCUUGGAGGCUCCGGGCGCGCCAGCCCUCCGCCCGGGAGGCCGAGCGGCGGCAGUUACGUCACUGGACGCUGGUGCUCGCUUGUCUCUUCAAAGCAGCUCUAUCCAGGAUUGAAGGAGAUGAGCCCUCCCGGUGUGCCGGGGCGAGGACCCCAUGUGCGGCUACAGAACCUGUGUGUGCCAACGGAACCCGUGAGGCCCAGGAACCAGCUUAAGGAGAGCCGCCCAUCAGACUGGUGGUGUAUUGAGAAGGUGCAUUUCUAUGCACCGUGCAUUGCUAUCCGACCCGUUCGUCGACAUCCAUGGUGACAGGAAAUGAAUCUCCGGGUCCCCUCUGGAGGAAGUGUUUAUGGUGUAAUCUGCCUGGGUUUGAUCCUCCCCUCCACCACCUCCAUGACCUUCACAAGUUGCCCCAGCUCUUCUGCUGCCUCAUACAUAGAAACUAGAGAUAAAAAGGUGAGCCACGAGGGUUCAAUGAGAGUUAAGCAAGACGUUGAGUACUUAACCGCUGCCCGCUCAUGGAAGGCGGUCAGACAAUAAUAUUAAUGUUAUUUUACUUUCUUCCUCUUCUCAGAACACAAAUCCCACCCCUCUCCCUUCCACGGCACCGUCUGGUCUCACCUCUUCUCAGGCUGACACUGCUUUCCUCACAGACUCAUUAUCUGCCUGUUGCAGAACUGAAGUUGUACUCUCACACCCAAUUUCUCAGUCUGAAUUUCUGUGGUUUUCUCAAGGGAAAGGCAAGUUUCUUUCAGAAGCCAAGACUCCUGUUUUGUCAGGCGAGGUCAAUACCCAACCCAACAACCACCACAAAUCAGGCUCUUUGAGCUCUGAGCCUAGGUUCAAAACCCAUUCGUUGUGUGGAAUUUUGCAGAGCUACUGAAUUCCCCAGCGGGGCAGAGAAAGGGGGUCAGCAUCAAGAGAUAAGCCAUGGCAGCUCUUUUUACUCUCUUAAAGCCUUGAGCCAACCCUGAGCAUUUCUGUCCGUCCCACAGGGUCAAACCAAGCAAGUUUAAUUUGGGAUGGAGAGGGUGGUUAUCCUUCUAUUCCCUUAACAUAUUCCUGGAGCUUGCACCUCCCUGCAGGAGGAUGCCCUCAGGUGGCAGGAACUCACUCUGCCAAUGCUCUUAGGGACCCCGGGAUUUGAAGUGCCCUCCCGAGGGGCAGCCCUUCCUGGGUGACUGACAAGAGUUGGAUGCUCCCGCGUUCUUGCACCGUCAGACAACCCUGAGAGGUAGCUGUGGUGGACAGACAUGAACAUGGCCUCGCCAGGGCGCCUGGUGGCUCAGUCGGUUACGCGUCCGACUUCAGCUCAGGUCAUGAUCUCAUGGUUUGUGAGUUUGAGCUCUGUGU